AUGAAUCUUAGCUUUGUAGCUCCAAUUGUUCAAAAUGGGGAAACAAUUGUGGAACUAGCAAAAAAUGAAGUAGAAAAGGAAACAGAGAAAUGGAGGAAUGCUUUGAUUUUGUAUGUUGUAGGUAAUACACCUACGAUUGGAGCUCUGGAGAGAUUCAUUGUAAGCCAGUGGAAUUUUGUAGCUAAGCCAAUGAUAUUUUACCAUAAUGAGGGGUAUUUUGUGAUAAAAUUCAAUAAUAUGGAGGAUAGAGAUGCUAUUCUGUAUUCUGGACCUCAUACAAUUGGAAACAAACCUAUAAUCACAAAAAUUUUGACACCAGAGUUUAAUUUCAAAGAUGAAAUCCUGAAAACUAUUCUACUAUGGGUCACCUUGCCAAACCUCCUGUUGAAUUGUUGGAGUGCAGACUCAUUGAGUAGAAUUGGGAGUGGUUUAGAGGUCCCUUUGUAUGAUGAUGAGUGCACGACUAAAACGGAAAGAAUAUCAUAUGCUAUAAUCCUUAUUGAAAUGGAUGUAACAGUUCCAUUACCAUAA